AUGAAUGCCAGAAGUAACGAAGAGUCGGAAACAGUAGAAGGUUUGCCAGAGGGUGUAGACAGUGAAGAAAGUCAGGGUGAGGAGAUAUCAAUUGACUCAGAUGAGUUUCUUAGGUUUGUGGAAGAUGGAGAUAAACCUUUGUAUCCCGGUUGUACAAAGACAACAAAAUUGAACGCUCUUAUUGAACUGUUCAAUUUGAAAGCGAAGCACACAAUGACUGAUGCUUGCUUUUCCAACGUGCUAUUGCUGAUUGAGAUGUUGCUUCCUGUAUUAAAUGAAUUACCUAGCAAUAUAUAUGAGGUGAAGAAAUCAUUUGCAGCAUUGGGGAUGGAGUAUGAAAAAAUUCAUGCUUGUCCAAACGACUGCAUUUUGUAUAAAGGGGACCAUGAGGAAGUUGUAAUCUGUCCAGAAUGUAGUAUGUCACGUUAUAAGCUGGGAAAGAAUAAUGUUGUGAGGGACGGGAUUGCAGCGAAGAUUUUGUGGUACUUCCGUAUUAUACCAAGAUUUAAAAGGAUGUUCCAGUCACCAAAAACAGCUAAGGACUUGACUUGGCAUGCCGAUAGGAAAAAAGAUGGCAUGAUGCGGCAUCCGGCUGAUUCACCGACUUGGGAAUUGGUUCACAAAAAGUGGCUAGAAUUUGGAAAAGAACUUAGGUAG